GUUAGAGCUUCCAGAUUCCAAUUGUGCGAAGUGAGAGAGAGAGAGAGAGAGAGAGAGGAGAGCAGCAAUAAGUCGACAACAAAAAAACAUACAGAGAGCAAAGAGUGAUGGUGGGGGAGAUGUCAAAAGGACUAGUGGCGACUCAGACGCAGAACCCAGUAGCUCAAUUACAAGCCAAGUUCAAGGAAUGGAAUGAAGGGUUCAAAGCAUGGUUGGCCAAGCAGUCGUUGCCAAUGGAGGCCGCCGUCAUCACCGCCACCAGCGCCGCCUAGGGCGCAGCCAUAGGUGCUUUCAUGGGCAACCUCACCAACGACGUCUCUUCUUCUUUCCCCACUCCUCCUCCUAAUGCUGCCUCUAUGAAUCCCCAAGCCAUGGCCUCUCUCCAGCAAGCCCAGGCCCUAGCAAGGGGUCCCUUCGGACAAGCAUACAAUUUUGCUGUCAUGACAGGUGUUAAUGCCAGUAUAUCAUGUGUCAUGAAAAGAAUAAGAGGGAAGGAGGAUGUGCAGUCUAGUUACGUGCCAACCAUUUAAAAGGAGCAAUUCUAAUGUAAAAUGGUAAUUGAAAGUAGUCAUCUAUUUGUAUAAUGGUGGAAGAUGUUGUUACUACUACUAUUGAAAUUUAUUUAUUGAUUGUAGGUAAAAAGUUGUGUCACAAAGCAACUCUAACCCUUUUUGUUUCCCAUGCAGAUUCUUACCUGUAAAUACAAUAUAUAGCAGUGUCUCUUUCCUAUAACUGAUUAUCAACCUUGGUUUUAAAUAAUAGUAUUCGAUCAGUUCAUAUCAAACAGUAUUGGUCAAAAUAUUGAUAUUGCAAUUUCAAAAUCCCAAUUUAUUUAGAACCCUGCUACUAACCCAUUCCUGGAAAAGAAUAGGGCAUUGGAAUUUGGAACCAUAACCCACUUUUCUCUAUCCCAAAAUGUUCACUAUAACAUCACAAUGGAUGUUCUUGAUGUUCUUUCUUGUCAAAUCAUUCCCAACUAACUCAUUUGCCUCUACAUUCACUGUCACUAACAAUUGCCCACAAAUAAUCUGGCCUGGAACACUUGCCGGUUCAGGGACACCGCAACUUUUGACAACAGGGUUCAAAUUGGACUCUGGCCAAAGUAUCAAAAUUCCGGCAUUUCCAGGGUGGUCAGGUCGAAUAUGGGCAAGGAUAGGGUGCAAAUUUGAUGAGUCAGGGGUGGAUAUGUGCCAAAGAAGGGAUUGAGGUGGGAGGUUGGAGUGUGAUGGCGUUGGAGCCGCAUCACCUGCGUUUCUCUUUGAGAUCACGAUAGGCAUCAGUGCCGAUGAGAGAGACUUCUAUGAUGUCAGCAUUGUGGAUCGUUAUAAUCUUCCUCUCA